GGGUCGCCCAUCCUGCGGCCGUACUACUGCAGCAACCUGCACCACGAAGUGGAGCUGGGGGUGGUGAUCGGGAAGAGAGCCCAGGCCGUGCCCCAGGAGGCUGCCAUGGAGCACGUGGCGGGUUAUGGCCUCUGCUUGGACAUGACAGCCAGGGACACGCAGCAGGAGUGCAAGAAGAAGGGUCUGCCCUGGACCUUGGCCAAGGGCUUCAGUUCAUCGUGCCCAGUGAGCGACUUUGUGCCCAAGGAGAAGAUCCCAGACCCUCACAAGCUGAAGAUCUGGCUCAAGGUGAAUGGGCAGCUGAGGCAGGAAGGGGACACCUCCUCCAUGAUCUUCUCCAUCCCUUAUCUGAUCAGCUACAUCAGUGAAAUAGUCACCUUGGAAGAAGGGGACUUGAUUCUCACGGGGUCUCCCAAAGGAGUUGGGUCUGUGCAGGCCAACGAUGAGAUAGAGGCUGGGAUAAAAGAUGUCCUAUCCAUGCGGUUUAAGGUGGCACAGCAGACACGGAGAUCCUAA